UAGAAAAAUCUACAUUCUGAAGAAAUCUCGGAAGAUCAAGGAGCAACAGCUUUGGAUUCUGAUCCAGACAAAGAUUUCGAAACUUAUAAAGAUGUAGAUGAGUUAGAUUUAAAUACACAAGAAUAUGCAAAAGAAAGAAGUCAAGAUUACAGUGAAGACGAAGAGCAUACUGAGUUUUAUUCAGCACUGGAUUCAGAACAAAAUUAUUUCGAAGGAUAUUUUUCAGCUGAAGAAUAUUUGACGACAACAGAUUCUAGUAAAAUUUCAGAUGUAAAAUUGCCUAAAAUUUCUUCCACAAACGAAUCAAAGGAGAAGCAAUCUGGGUUUAGUAGUUCAAAAACUACUAACUCGAAAGAAAGCCUUAAUCCUUCUGAUUAUAUACCUAUGAUUUUUCCACCAAAAGUUCAUAAAGGAAUGAACACUUCUUUAAGAGGAGGUAUGGCGGACAGAUUUAUACGAGAAUCUUUAGAAAAUGAAAUUAAUCCUAAAUGGUUUAUUAAAUUAAGCAGAUAUCAGUUGAAAAUAUUUUUUGCACUGUUCAAAUUCUUAGCAGUAACAAAAAACGUGUUGGCUGUACAAAUAUUUGGAAUGUUGAAGAAUCUGGAUAUUGCACUUACUUUGGAAGAAGUUGAAUGUGUUAUUAAAGAAUUUCAUAAAGAACAUAAAAGAAUCGACUUUUAUCACUUGCUAUUUGCUCUUUGUAAUACUAAUGAUUAUUUACAAAGAUUAAAGCAUGAUGCAGAACUACGUAAAAACCAAAUGCACGAAACUUAUACAAAGAGGCAAUUAUUAUUUUAUACUAUUACCUCUUUAGCCAUGUUUCCAGAGUAUCCUAUCGAACCGAUAUAUCACAGAUUAAAAACAAAAUAUAGUUCUCACCCUCUUCAUCAGUUUCUUAUUUGUCAAAGAAUGCAAGGAUUGCCUCCUAGAUUAGCGCGUAAAAGAGAAUUGGAAAUGAUAGAAGAAAUAGCUAAAUGGAAAAAAAAGAUUCUAUCUCCAUACACUGAUAUACCGCCCGUGCCUUCUGAACCUCCUCUGGUUUAUUUACAGAGGAAAAGAAAGGAAGCAAUCAGAAAAGAUAAAUUUUUAGGAAAUAUACCAAGUCCUAUUUGCAUCAAAGAAGAAAAAAGUUAUAAACGACGAAAAGAAGCUGUUGUGAGAAGAGAUUCAGAUGCAGAAGACACAUGCAAUUUAAUUGAUAAAAUUGUUAAUAGGACUUACAAAGAUAAACCAAAACCAAGUCGAAGAAUAAAACCAAAUGACUGGGUGCAACACACCAUGUUUAGACUUUUGGCUCCACUUCCGCUGAUUCCAGUUCCGAAAGCCCAAUUAGAAGCCAUGAAGAAAUAUCACGUAUCGGUAUAUCAACUACCCGGAACGUACGAUAAAAUAAAACGAGAAAUUUCGAAAUAUUAUAAUAAAUUACAAAAUACUCUAAUGGAAUCUUCUCACGAACAUUGGAUUACAACAUACACCAAUGCAUUCGAAUCUCAAAAAAGAAAACAACAGUUCUCAAAGGUAAGGCUCAAAGGAUUGCCUCCUAGAUUAGCGCGUAAAAGAGAAUUGGAAAUGAUAGAAGAAAUAGCUAAAUGGAAAAAAAAGAUUCUAUCUCCAUACACUGAUAUACCGCCCGUGCCUUCUGAACCUCCUCUGGUUUAUUUACAGAGGAAAAGAAAGGAAGCAAUCAGAAAAGAUAAAUUUUUAGGAAAUAUACCAAGUCCUAUUUGCAUCAAAGAAGAAAAAAGUUAUAAACGACGAAAAGAAGCUGUUGUGAGAAGAGAUUCUGAUGCAGAAGACACAUGCAAUUUAAUUGAUAAAAUUGUUAAUAGGACUUACAAAGAUAAACCAAAACCAAGUCGAAGAAUAAAACCAAAUGACUGGGUGCAACACACCAUGUUUAGACUUUUGGCUCCACUUCCGCUGAUUCCAGUUCCGAAAGCCCAAUUAGAAGCCAUGAAGAAAUAUCACGUAUCGGUAUAUCAACUACCCGGAACGUACGAUAAAAUAAAACGAGAAAUUUCGAAAUAUUAUAAUAAAUUACAAAAUACUCUAAUGGAAUCUUCUCACGAACAUUGGAUUACAACAUACACCAAUGCAUUCGAAUCUCAAAAAAGAAAACAACAGUUCUCAAAGGUAAGGCUCAAAG